AUGGCGAACAAGCCGCAGCCUCACGACUGCCAACAGCUGAGACCCACGAUGCCCGCCGUUUGCCUCUCCGACCUCCCCGACGACCUACUAUGCCACAUCCUCUCCUUCGCGCCAUUAAAGGAGGCCGCGUCCACGAGCGUGCUCGCGCGGCGGUGGCGCACGCUCUGGCUCUUAUCGGGCGCCCUCAACCUCGACUCACGCACGCGCAAUUCCAAUGUCCCGUGCCGGCGCUCUACUUUUCAGCGCGAUGGGAAGUCAGCCAUCGCUUCCUAUGUCUCCUCCGGUUUACCCCUGAAGAAGCUCACCUUCUACUACGACGAAUGGGGCAAGGGCAACAUGCGCCGCCGGCUCCAUGCUUUGGUCUAUAGCCCUGCGGCCCGGGACCUAGAGGAACUUUACCUUGGGAAAGGCUGCGACGGGAGCAUGUGCAGUUACAGCAUCACCACCCUACCGGCGCUCCAGGCUCUCCGUGUGCUACACAUCACCAACUGCAUCGACAUCUGUAGCCCGCGAGACAUGGUGGUACCAAUCCCCUUCCCGCGGCUCACCGAGCUGCGGCUGUACCUAUGCUGGGUUUCACGCAAGGUACUGCAGGCCAUAAUAGACGCCUCGCCGUUGCUCACCACCUUGCGUCUGGAGAGAGUGGAUUUGUCUUGGUCUCGUGAGCGGUACCAGUCUCUCGCUCUCCCCAAGGUCUCUACCUUCCUGCUAGACGAUUUCCACCGUAACUACCAGAGACACUUGGAGCUGAAUGCUCCAAAUCUAAGAUGCUUCACCUAUAAAGGGCCCGUCGGAUCACUCUCGAUCUCGCUCAGGUCGCCUGCGCCGUGCAUUGCACGGGUGGAACUGCACUUCAAUUUGUCAAAUGUUCAUAGGAGCAACCUAAGCAGAGAUGUAGCCUGUCAGUACUUUUGGCAAUUUGCUUCUAACUUCAGUGGGGCAAAGAUGUUCAAGCUGCGUUUUGAAUCUCCAGAACAUCAUUCACCUAGCCAAAACUUGGAGCUUGAUCAAGGAAAGUAG